AUGUCUAAGAAUAAGAAAGUUAGAAAAAUUACAUUCAACAUUCCACCAUAUUAUGAAUUACAAGAAUUAAUAGGCGAGGGUUCAUAUGGUCUAGUAUGUUCAGCGAUUCAUAAUUACACAUCACCUAAAACAAACGAAACGAUCAAAACAAAAGUGGCGAUCAAAAAAAUUUUACCAUUGGGUAAACCGUUACUAUUAACAAGAACGUUGAGAGAAUUAAAAUUAUUAAAAUUAUUUAAUGAUCAUGAAAACAUAAUAACAAUUCUGGACAUAGUUAAACCUAAGAACUAUGAAAAAUUUAACGAGGUAUAUUUAGUACAAGAACUAAUGGAGACCGAUCUAUAUAAAAUCAUGCACAGUUCACGUAUAAAUACUCAGUUAACUAAUGACCACAUGCAAUAUUUCACUUAUCAAAUCCUUCGAGCAUUAAAGGCAAUUCAUAGUGCACAAGUUAUUCAUAGAGAUCUAAAACCUUCAAAUAUUUUAUUAAAUUCAAAUUGCGAUUUGAAAAUAUGCGAUUUUGGUCUAAGUCGGUGUUUGUUGUCCUCUACAAACACUAAAGAAAGUUUGGUAGGGUUUAUGACAGAAUAUGUGGCAACUAGGUGGUAUAGAGCCCCUGAAAUUAUGUUGUCCUUUCAAGAAUAUUCAACAGCAAUGGACAUGUGGUCGUGUGGCUGUAUACUAUCUGAGAUGUUAAAUGGUGGAAAACCCUUAUUUCCAGGCAGAGAUUACCACCAUCAGUUGUGGUUGAUCCUAGAAACUUUGGGUACGCCAACAGAGGAUGAUUUUGCCACGAUUAAGUCGUCGAGAGCUAAAGAAUAUAUAAAGAGUUUGCCAAAAAUGCCUAAAAAACCUUGGAGUGAAUUAUUGCCUAACCAUGACCCGAUGGCUUUAGAUUUAUUAGAUAAACUAUUAACUUUCAAUCCGUUUAAAAGGAUCUCUGCGGAGCAAGCUUUGGAGCAUCCUUAUUUAUCGUUGUAUCAUGAUCCAAACGAUGAACCUGGUUAUCCUCCGAUAAAUGUGACUGAUGAUGAGUUCUGGAAGAUGGAUAGUGAUAUAAACUUUUCCAGCUGGAGUGCUGAGACUGAACAGAAUGAAGAGUUAUUAGAAUUAUUGAAGAAACUGUUGUAUAAUGAAGUGGUUAAGCCGUUAUAUUGA